CGUUCCAAUUGCGUACCGCGCACGACCAACAAAGAUCAAGCCCGCGUAUGAAAAUGAACUAAAAGCCAACGCGGUUUCCUUGUUCCUUCCCAAAAUUUCCAGGAAAUGACAACAGCUUCUCCUCCCAACCUCUGACCUUGAGCCACAACGCACCUAGGCCUCUCAAACCCAGUAUUCACAGAGAGAGUUCGUGAAAUUUUCACUUCCUCUUUGGUUGUUUUGUUUGAUCGCGAAAUGGGUUGCUGUGCGAGCCAGAACGCCGACUCGAAGGCCAGUAGGAUAGCGCGGUGGCGCUCGACCGGCAUUGUGGCUCUCCGAGACUCCAAGUUGAAGGCAUUCCCAAAUGAAGUUUUCGACCUGGAGAGAUCUGUACGAACUCUCGACUUAACACACAAUAAAAUAGUUGACAUACCUGUGGACAUAAGCAAAUUAAUUAACAUGCAACGCCUGAUCUUAUCUGAGAAUCUCAUCGAGCGACUACCAACGAAUUUGGGGAAACUUCAGUCUCUAAAAGUUAUGACACUUGAUGGAAAUCGACAAACUUCUUUGCCUGAUGAAUUGGGGCAGCUGGUGAGGCUUGAGCGGUUAUCUGUCUCAGGAAAUUUGUUAACAUGCUUGCCAGAGACCAUUGGGAGCUUGCGCAAUUUGUUGCUUUUAAAUGUGUCAAAUAACAAGUUGAAGUCUCUUCCAGAAUCAAUUGGGAGUUGUUUCUCGCUUGAAGAAUUACAAGCAAAUGAUAAUCUUAUUGAAGAUCUACCUGCAUCAGUCUGCAAUCUCAUUCAUGUAAAGUCACUCAGCUUAAACAACAAUAAUGUGAACCAGAUACCUCCAAAUCUGUUGAAAGACUGCAAAGCUCUGCAGAAUAUUUCCCUGCAUGGAAAUCCUAUUUCUAUGGAUCAAUUUCAGCAGAUGGAAGGAUUUCAAGAUUUUGAAGCAAGAAGAAAGAAGAAGUUUGACAAGCAAAUUGAUUCAAAUGUGAUGAUGGGGUCAAAAGGCCUUGAUGAGGGUGUUGAUCUAUGAAUGAAGACCUAUUUGAUGCUGGCUUUCGUAUCUACCACAGUUACAGCUGCAUAUGACCAGAGGGGGUUUACCGGAAGAGAAUGGGUGUUAUUUCUUGGCAGACAUAAAUUAAAACCAGCUUUUUAUUUCAGCUUGGGAUGGACAGACAACAUUUGUUUAUACCUCUUUUGUCGCAUGUGAAAUAAUGUCUCCAAACUCAAUUCUAUCACAUUGUAAAUGGUGGUUGUUUUAUUAUUGAUAUGCCUGUCAUUUUGCAGGCUUGUA